GUCAAAGAGAUUGGUUGCUAGGAAACAUGAAAUAGCAACAAAUUGUUAAAGAAUAAUUAUGAAAACUUUGUUGAAAGUGCAGAAUUAAAAGCUAAAAGAUGAGGACGAUUCCGAAAUGGACGGACAGUAUACAGGAUGUUGAGAAGCAGGAGCAAUGCGUUUACGAUUUGUGCUUCAAUCCUGAAGGUACGCAGCUAAUUGUUGCCAGUGGUAACAGAGUAUUGGUCUAUGAUACCACUGAUGGAACUCUGAUCCAAGCCCUGAAAGGUCAUAAGGACACUGUGUACUGUGUGUGCUAUGCAAAGAAUGGACAGAAGUUUGCAAGUGGUAGCUCAGAUAAGACUGUGAUCAUUUGGUCGAAUAAAUUGGAAGGUUUGCUGAAGUACAGUCACAGUGAUGCAGUCCAGUGCUUAGCAUACAACCCGCUAUCAAAUCAGUUGGCUUCCUGUGCUCUGACUGAUUUUGCUUUCUGGAGUGCUGAGCAGAAAGCUGUGCAGAAGCAUAAGAUUAAUUCAAGGAUCAAUUCUUGUGCUUGGACGAAUGAUGGACAGUAUUUGGCUUUGGCCCUGGGAAAUGGAAGUAUUUCAAUCAGAAAUAAGUUGGGUGAAGAGAAAGGGAGAUUUGAGAGACCUGGGAAUCCUUCAAUAUGGGCAAUUUCUUGGAGCACCUCAUCUGAUGAUCAAGACACUUUAUGUGUUACUGAUUGGAACAAGACAUUAUCAUUUUACACUUUGGGUGGGAAAUUAAUUGGGAAGGAACGAGUUGUCGGUUUUGACGCACUGAAAGUGAAAUAUUUUCCGAAGGGCGAAUACAUUUUGAUUUCUGGAAGCAAUAAGGCUUGCAACAUAUAUACCAAAGACGGAAUUAAGCUGGGAAUGAUUGGGGAUCAACAGCAAUCUUGGGUUUGGUGCUGUGCCGUCCAUCCAGAAGGAAAUUAUAUUGCGAUGGGUUGCCAAGAUGGUACUAUUGCAUAUUACCAAUUAGCAUUUAACACUGUCCACGGUCUAUUCAAAGAGAGGUACGCUUUCCGCGAGAAUAUGACUGAUGUGAUUAUUCAACACUUAUUAACUGAGCAGAAGGUGCGAAUCAAAUGUAGAGAUCUCAUCAAGAAAAUAGCGAUUUACAAACACCGAUUGGCUGUGCAACUGCCCGAACGUGUGGUGAUUUACGAGCUGUAUUCGAAUGAUGCCAACGAUAUGCAUUACAGAGUUAAAGAGAAAAUAACGCAGAAGCUGGAUUGCAGCUUGCUAGUGAUAUGUAGCGAGCAUUUGGUGGUGUGCCAAGAAAGGAAAUUGCAGAGUUUAUCAUUUGCUGGCGUUCAAGAAAGGGAGUGGAUCUUGGAGAGUCCUAUUAGAUAUAUUAAAAUUAUUGGAGGACCUCCAAGGCAGGAAGGGCUUAUUCUGGGUUUGAAGAAUGGACAAGUCUGGGAAGUCCAUUUGGACAACUCGUUUCCUUUACUCAAAGUAACGGUAAACGCUCCAAUCAGAUGUCUGGAUUUGAGUCAGAGGAAGCAAAAGUUGGCAGCGGUCGACGAGACUGGCUUGUGUCAAGUUUUCAAUACCAAAAACGGUGAUUUAUUGUAUCAGGAACCAAAUACUAAUAGUAUAGCUUGGAAUACCCAGUACGAAGAUAUGUUGGCGUUCAGUGGACCCAAUUUAUUAUCGAUAAAAGUUGAAGAUUUUCCAGCGCACAGGCAGAAGUUGAAUGGUUUCGUUGUGGGUUUGACUGGGUCUAAAGUAUUUUGUUUGAAUGGAUCAGCAAUGACCACUCUUGAAUUACCCUUGAGUGCUCCUAUGUACCAAUACAUUGAGAAGAAAAUGUUUAGCGAAGCCCAUAAAGUCGCGUGUUUAGGUGUAACGGAUGGAGAUUGGGAAGAACUGGGGCACGCUGCGUUGGAGAACUUGAAUUUCGAUAUAGCUCGACUCGCAUUUGUAAAACUGCAGGACUUCAACUAUCUGGAAUUGAUCAGGGAUAUGUUGGAACGAAUGAAGAAAGGAGACAACAAUAAGGAAGUUAUGAUCGGAGAUGUUUACGCUUACAGGGGGAAAUUUAAGGAAGCUGCAAGGUUGUAUCAGAAGGCAGGACAAGAACAUAAGGCGCUCACUAUGUACACAGAUUUGCGAAUGUUCGAUCAAGCGCAGGAUUAUUUGGGAUCUAACGACAAUAGCACCUUGAUUAGACAGAAGGCGGAUUGGGCUAGAAACAUAAACGAGCAUAAAGCGGCAGUGGAUAUGUACUUGUCCAUUGGUGAUACUAAAUCUGCCAUUGAGAUUUUGGGGGAGCAAGGCUGGUCUGAGCAGUUGAUUGAUGUGGGUCGUAGACUGGAUAAAGCUGAACGUGUCUCUCUACUGGCAAUUGCCGAGCACCUGAAGCAGCUAAAGCAGUCCGGGGCUGCGGCUGAAAUUUACAAAAGGUUGGGAGACUCUGCUGCAGUUCUGAAACUGCACGUGGAGGCUAAAGAGUGGACUCAAGCAUUCAGCAUCGUCCAGGGCCAACCGCAACACAAGGAACUAGUUUACGUGCCAUACGCCCAUUGGUUGGCUGAAAACGAUAAGUUCGUUCAAGCCCAGAAGGCGUUUCAUAAAGCUGGUAGAUUGGAUGAAGCGUACAAAGUUUUGCAGCAAUUAACCGAAAAUGCUGUGGAAGAGUGCAGAUUUCAGGAUGCCGGUUACUACUAUUUGAUCUUGGCCCAACAGUGCUUAGAUUUAGCCAAAGAAUCCAGCUCCAAUUUCGAUGAAAUGAUUACCAAAUACGUGCAGAAUGAGAGGCUGGCCGGGAUUUACUACGCUUACCACUCGUUGCAUCGUUAUUUAGAAGAGCCAUUUACGUCGUUCAUGCCCGAAGCUCUUUUCAACAUUGCGCGUUUCUUGAUGACCGAGACCAACCAAAAGCGGCCCAAAGGCGUUUCCCUAUUCAACAUUCUGUAUUGCCUCUCGAAGCAGGCGCGGAAACUGGGAGCGAAUAAACUCACGAAGCAAUUACUGGACAAAAUGCAAACCAUGAAGAUUCCGACGAAAUUCCAAGAACAAGUGGAAGUGGCGACAAUCGCCGCGAGGGCCAAACCGUUCAGCGACCCCGAAGAUCUUCUGCCCAUGUGUUAUAGGUGCUCCACUUAUAACCCUUUGGCGGCGACGGGAAACAGGUGCGUUAAUUGCGGACAGAAAUUCGUGCACUCGUACGUGAGUUUCGAGAUUUUGCCGUUGGUCGAGUUCGUGUUGGAGGAGGGCAUUAGCGACACGGAGGCGGUUCGCUUAAUAGACACGCCUCCGUCCGACAUUAACGAGGACGAGGAUCAAUGGAAGCAGGAGAUCACAGAAACGCAUCAGACUUUACAGUUGGAUGGAAAUUUUAACAGAAAAUCUAGCGAUCCUUUCUCGACACGUCUGAAUCUAGAUGGAAAUGACAAAGAGUUAGCUUCGAUCGUAUUGGGUCGCAACGAUUUAUUGAAUAUCGAUAGCUCCACGGUUUUGGUCUGCAAGUAUGAACCUCCGUUGAAAUACCAGUUUUAUAGGAAUUUGUUACCCGACUUGCAAAUAACCAUGUGCGAGUAUUGCUUUAAAGCCUUUCACGUGGACGAUUUCGAGUUUCAAAUGCUGCAAAAAGGCUAUUGCCCUUACUGCAGAUGUUCACCAGAAGCCAAUAUGAACUUGGAUUCUACAGAUGAUCUCUUAGGGAUUUGAAAAUCCACACAAAUAUUAACUAAUCCGUCCACUUACAGUUUAAAUGAUAGUUACUCUUA